CAACCUUAUCGAUUUAUUUAAUUUGAGAAUGUGUAAUUGCUAAAAGAUCUUUUGCAUUUAACAACAUAAAAACAAAAUGCAAAAGUAUGAAAAAUUGGAGAAAAUUGGCGAGGGAACCUAUGGAACUGUAUUUAAGGGGCGAAACCGCGAAACAAUGGAAAUUGUAGCUUUAAAACGUGUUCGUCUCGACGAGGAUGAUGAAGGUGUCCCGAGCUCUGCUUUACGUGAAAUUUGUUUAUUGAAGGAAUUAAAACAUAAGAAUAUAGUCCGCCUGUAUGAUGUCUUACAUUCGGAAAAAAAAUUAACUUUGGUUUUUGAACAUUGCGAUCAGGAUCUGAAGAAAUAUUUUGAUAGCUUGAACGGUGACAUUGACAUGGCUGUCUGCCGUAGUUUUAUGUUGCAACUCCUAAAAGGUUUGGCUUUUUGCCACAGUCAUAAUGUAUUGCAUCGGGAUUUGAAGCCACAGAAUUUAUUGAUUAAUAAAAACGGUGAAUUAAAGUUGGCAGAUUUUGGUUUGGCAAGAGCUUUCGGAAUACCAGUGAAAUGUUACUCAGCAGAAGUGGUUACUCUAUGGUAUCGUCCACCCGAUGUUUUGUUUGGCGCGAAAUUAUAUACUACUAGCAUUGACAUGUGGUCAGCUGGGUGCAUAUUUGCCGAAUUAGCGGAUGCUGGUCGUCCGUUAUUUCCAGGCUCUGACGUUUUAGAUCAGCUAAUGAAAAUAUUCCGUGUGUUAGGAACUCCCACCGAAGAAAGUUGGCCAGGUGUUACUCAUCUAUCGGAUUAUGUGGCUUUACCACAUUUUCCUGCAAUUACUUCGUGGAGUCAAAUUGUGCCGCGUCUCAGUUCGAAAGGCCGUGAUCUUUUACAGAAGCUGCUAGUUUGUCGACCAAACCAACGCGUUAGUGCGGAGCAAGCUAUGCAGCAUCCAUAUUUUGCAGACAGUUCAAAUCACUGAACUGAAAUCAUAUUAUUGUCAAGUAUGAUUGCCUAAGAGAUUUCAACGUUUGUCUCGUCGUUGGCGAAAUGGCAAACAAACAUUUUGGCGGUGUGUCGUUCGACUCCAGUUAGAACUUCUAUCUUAGUUUCUUAAACUCAUUUUGUAUUAUUUACUGUUAAGGUUAAGUGUUUUUCGUUGCUAUGAUAUAUUAAAAUUGCCCCUAUAUAUAAUAACAUUAUUAUAAUAACGUGUAAGAAUAAGUAAGUAAGUAUAGUAUAUGAAGUACGUAUUCGCGACUCCAAUUUAUUUGUGUCGAAAUUGCUUGAUGUUAAAAAGAUUUUUAAAUGGGGUAAUUAAUUUUAAAAGGUGACCAAAUCUUUGCGAAAUGUUUAAAUAAGAGUAGUAUUUAAACAAAAUAAAAGGCAAGUGCAACCCUG